CCUAUAGCUUCUCCUGCUCUGCGGACAAGACAAUCUUUUGGAUCGGGACAAUUCAUGGAUGUUCUCGGAUAACCUUUUUUUUUCUCGUUUGACGCGGAUAGCUGCUCCACAGUCUCGCACGGUGCACAUCGGUCCAGGAAUGGCGCGAUAAAGUGAUCAGAGGAAUCAGUCCAAGUACAUUCACUUUCUGUGUUGCCGUCUCGUCAUGUAUUCUCCAAUUUGUCUUACUCAGGAUGAAUUUCAUCCCUUCAUCGAGGCACUUCUUCCUCACGUCCGUGCCAUUGCCUACACAUGGUUCAACCUCCAGGCCAGAAAACGCAAGUACUUCAAGAAGCACGAGAAGCGGAUGUCCAAGGAUGAGGAGCGCGCGGUGAAGGACGAGCUUCUGAGCGAGAAGCCUGAGGUUAAGCAGAAGUGGGCAUCCAGGCUGCUGGCCAAGCUCCGUAAGGACAUUCGGCAGGAGUACCGGGAGGACUUUGUCCUCAGUGUGACGGGCAAGAAGCACCCGUGCUGUGUGCUAUCCAACCCGGACCAGAAGGGCAAGAUUCGCCGGAUCGACUGUUUGCGGCAGGCCGACAAAGUUUGGCGUCUGGACCUGGUGAUGGUCAUCCUCUUCAAAGGCAUCCCUCUGGAAAGUACAGAUGGCGAGCGCCUUGUCAAGUCUCCACAUUGCACCAACCCAGCACUUUGUGUCCAGCCACACCACAUAACAGUAUCGGUCAAGGAGCUGGACUUGUUUCUAGCAUACUAUGUCCAGGACCAAGACUCGCAGCAGUCAGGAAGUCCCAGUAACAAUGAGCCAGGCAAGAACCCUCUUCCAGUCUACUUGGAAGACAGCUUCAUCAAAUCAGGAGUCUUCAGUGUUUCAGAACUGGUGCGAGUGUCCAGAAUGCCCAUCACCCACGGUGCAGCGGUAAACUUCUCCAUGGCAGACAUGCCCAGCCAACCCUACUAUCACGACCUGAACUCCAGCGUGGGGCUGCAUCGCUCCCUGUCCUCCCCUCCCGGCAGGUCAGCCAAAAGGCCCAAAACCGUCAGCAUGGACGAGAACAUGGACACCAGCCCGACUGGACCCGACUUCUACUCGUCACCCAGCUCACCAGCCAGCAGCAGGGCAAACUGGCACGAUAGAGACGGAGCAGACAUGUCCUCUCCUACCAUGAAGAAGCCAGAGAAGCCGCUGUUCAGCCCCACCUCCCCACAGGACUCCUCACCACGACUCAGCACUUUCCCUCAGCCUCAUCACCCAGGCCUAACAGGUGUAGGACACAGUGUUAUAUCGACGAGGAGCCCCCCUCCACACUCGCCCUUGCAGUUCUCAGCCUCGGCUAUCUUGCCCCCGGCGCCGUCACCCUACUUCUCGCACACCACCAUCCGCUACCCGCCCCACCUCAACCCUGCUGAUCCCCUCAAGAGCUACGUGCCGUCAUACGACCCGUCCAGCCCGCAGAGCAGCCAGCCCAACAGCAGUGGUCAAGUGGUAGGAAAGGUCCCGGGCCACUUCACCCCAGUCCUGGCUCCCUCCCCACACCACGGCGCUGUGCGACCCGUCUCGCUCUCCAUGCCCGACACUAAGCCCAUCACCACAUCUACAGAAGGCUACUCAGCCCCUGGCACCCCAACGGCUAAUCGCUUUGUAGGCCUGAGCCCCAGAGAUCCCGCCUUCCUCCACCAGCAACAGCUGAGGAAGUGUGACUGGAGCGUGACUCAAAACGGCAGGCAUUAUGGCCCCAGUGCCACUGACGACACUUUGGGGAUUACUUGGCAAAGUCCUGGUACCUGGGCGAGCUUAGUUCCAUUCCAAGUGUCGAACGGGACUCCGAUUCUGCCAACAAAUGUCCACCAGAACUACAGCAUAAACAUCAUUGGUGAGCCCCUGGUCCCCGCCGAGACAGGGAACUGAACCCAGAGAGGACCGGAUGGAUCCCCCCCCCCCCUCUUCUUCCCCGGGUGGACGGGUGGGUGGGGGUGUUGGUGGUGCAGAGCUAGCACUGCAGGUGUCCGCAGCCAUGGAUGAAACCAGCAAAGCAGCACGAGCUGCACAAUCUCCACUCGCCCCCACCCCACCCUUCCCCGCUCGACCCUCGAUUUCGUUCCCUUCCACGACCCUCCCCGCUCCCGUCCCUCCCCACGAUGGACACUGGCCGUGAAGAUGAGGGUUGGCUCAGAGGAAUGGAAAAAAAGAAAAAAAAAAAGCUUCAGGUCUGCUGUGUCCUCGCCCAGCCCAGCCCACACACCCACCACCCACCAGUCAGUUGUUGUGUUUGCAGAACUUCUCGAUCCAUUACUGUGAUGUAUAGAUGCCUUAAUGUUUUAUUGCAUGACACUCUAGUCUCUUAGCGGCAAUUCCUACUAUUUUUCCAUACCCGGGGAAGAUGUAAAAUCUCGAUUUACACACACACACACACACACACACACACACACACACUAGUGAAGAGGUCUGCGUAUCAACAACCUCUGCCUGGUGGAUGGCUCCGAGACUCUAAAGCUCUCCGACCUCUUGAAAAGAGGCUUCCCCACGUCAAACGAUUCACUGUGUACACCAUAGGAACAAAAAUUGUGAAUUCAGAGUGUUUCUUCUUCCGUUUGAUUUCAGUUUACUGUGAUAUGACUCUUUGUUCAGAAAAAAUGUGUUGACUUUGUUUAUUCUUUACUGCUUACUUACUUCAAGAAUUAAUGUAAACACUUACGGUAAGGGUUGAGAACUCUUGAUGCGGUUUUCAAAAAACACUAAACGUUAGACUUGAGAUUGGACCCCUCAUUAAAGAAUUUGCAACUCCUUUACAAAAGGAUUUAAAAAAAGAGACGGAGAAUAAGAAAAUCUCGAUAGAGGCAAGUGCAAUUGAAUUUUUGAAGGGAAGCUAUCAGUCUGUCAGCCCUAAGACUCUAAAGGAAGGGGGAUAAAUAUUAAAUGGUUUUAUGGGUAAAAAAUGUUCAAGGAAACAUUUGAAUUUGAUUUCAGUCACAUAUCCGUCUCCUCACAUGAGAAAAACAUCAAGCGUGAAAGGCAGUUGAAGAAAAGCACUAAGCUACCUGUGCAGCGCUGAGCAAAACCAGCACUUCUUUUGAGCCCUUCCCACCUAUAUGGGGAGAUUUUUUUUUAAUUUAUUUUGGGGGGAAAAAAAAUAAGCGAACAUAAGUAAAGAAACAAGACGCACAUAGUGUGUAAAAAUGGCAUUUCAGUUGAAAAUGUUCACGAUAAGAUCAAGAGCAUAUGCAUUUGGCCAUCAGCUUCUAAAGCUUGUGUUUACAAGAAAAAAAAAAGGAAUGCAAAGUGUUAAUUCAUGGAAAUGUACAAUUCAUGCAAAUGUACAGUCGGCUUAUGUGUAAAGCUACAGUUUGUGCAAGGUUAACUCUGCAGUGGAAGAGUUUGAAAACUGAAAUUAUGAAUCCAGGUGGUGGCAAUCCCUGAAAUCUCGAAUUGUGCACGGCAUGUUCACAGCCAUUGCCUCUCCAGUCCAGACAUAUUUAUACAAGAAAAAUCUCUCCAAUACUCUUAAUUUGCACGAUGACAUAUAGUCCACAUUACGUGCCUUGCCUUUGAAUAUAGAGACAUCACUACACUUGUUUUUGCUGCAUUUAUCAUUAUAGGAAAAAAAUAACAUUUUUAUGAUAAUAAUUGUUUUGUACUCUGAAUGAAAUUGUUGAUUUUUAACUUCAUGUACUACUCUAUCUCACAGUUACAUUGCAUAUCAAGGCUGUGUAUAGUUGCCGUUUUAAAGUUUGUAAUCAACCAGCGUUUUUUUUUUUUCUUUCUUUCUU